GUUCCGGUGUGCGUGGCAGGGCACUGUCGGUGGUGGUGAACUCGACGAAUGCCGCGAUGGCAGCGAGGGAGCACUACGACUGCGAUGACAUUUAUGGCAUGGAGCUACAAGAUCAAGAGGGGGACGGGAGGACGCUGGAGUCGCACUGGUCACAGCGCCACGCGAAGGAUGAGUUGAUGGCACCGAUUGGGGGCGCCGGCUACUACACGGAGCUGACGCUGGCUGCAUUUGCUGACCUGGGCUACUUCAAGGUGAACUGGGAUAUGGCGGAGCCGAUGGGUUGGGGCAGGAAGUCGGGCUGUGAGCUGCUGCAGAAGAGGUGCUCCGAACUGAACCUGAGUAAAUAUUCCCACAUGUUCUGCAACAGAGACGAUGGUGUCAAACGCUGCGCGUCGGAUCGGUAUUCCCGUGGUUGGUGCCAUUCGAGUAUCGUUGAAUUGUCAAAAAAGCCUCCAAUGGACAGUUGCCCCAUCAUUGAUCCCGUGAUGGACGUGAGGGACCUUGAGGCUGUUUUUAAGAAGGGAGAAUAUUUGUCUGCGAGGCCUGGGGAUAAGCCCUCUUCGUGGUGUCUGGACACGCUUCCCACCAACACGACAGAUGCGAGGUACCCGGAGGAGACGUAUCUGAGUGCUGCCAUGCAUGCGGAACUGAAGUGUCUUGGCAUGCAAGUGCAUCUGAAAGAUCCCGAAAAGCGUAACGUCGAUUGGACUCCAUGCGCGGGUGGGGCGACGAUUACGUGGGACACACCACCCUACGAUAAGGAAAGCGUCAUUUGCCCUAACUACGCGGAGUUGUGCACAAUAUCCGCCACCGGCGGCAGUGUCCUUCCCGUGGCUCGGUGGGACGGCAAAAGAGAGGGUGUGGGGCAGGACGGUACGCCCGGAAUUCUUGAAACAAAGUUCACCAGAGGCGCCCGUCCCUGUUGCAGAGAGUAUUGGAUCCGGCCGUUGCACCGAAUCACAGGGUGUUGA